CAAAAAUAAGAAUUUUUCAAUUAGUCAAAUAUUGUCUGCCGUCUCAAUGAGAUUCAAAAAAUUUAAAAUAAAAAUAAAGAUCCCGUCACAUCCCUCAACCUACAUAGAAAUUCCUCUAUCCAAUCCUAAAAGAAUUAAGGUAGCCACCCAACACAAAGAAGAGACAGAGUUUCUUACUAACCUAUGUAACCUAAUCAAACCUUAAUAAAACAUCACAUCCUCCAAAUGAACAGCACACGAACAAUUAGAAAAUGCCCUGCCUUGUCUCUUUCAUGAAACAUCUCUGCCCCUUGCUACAUUUUAUAACUAUUUUCCUUAAACAUAAUGAAUAAAGAAAUCAGCCAUUAGCUUCUCAUCUCUAUCUUCUUCCUCUCGGGUCAAUGAUCCCACACACUAUACUAUUCCCUUCAAACUCUUCAUUCCUUCAAUCUCUCCAUUUCCUGGAUUCUGUCAGAAAAAAAUUUCCAUGGAUCCAAACCCAGCAUCAGAUCACAUUUUGGAUUGGUUUCAAGGUUCUGUUUCUUACUAUCCAUCUUUCUUGGAUGAUCCGUAUAACGCGGGUAGUAUUCAAGACUAUAGCUUGUGGGGUCAGGGACAAGACAUUGGCCAUGAAUACCAGGUUGAUGUUGGUCCUGGAUCUCUCAAUGCCGGCACCGGCACCACCGUGUUUGCCACCAUUAAUGGCAGUGAAACACCCACUGAGCCUUAUAUUUCAAAGAACCCGCCAUCUUCUGAUCUGUCAAAGAAAAGAAACGCUCCUGAUGAUUUAUGUAUCAAACCAUCUCAGAAUCACAAGUCCAAGAAAAUUAAGAGCCGCGCAGCCAAUGAAGCUGACAAUGGAGAUGCAGUUGUAGAGGGGCCAACGGUUAAGAAAUCUGCAGGGAACAAGAAGGGAUCUGCUAAGGCCAACGGGAAUAACUGUAAUAACGGUAACAACAAGGAAGGGAGGUGGGCAGAACAGUUGCUGAACCCUUGUGCUCAAGCCUUGGCUACAGGGAAUCUGACCCGUGUCCAGCACCUCUUGUAUGUUCUCCAUGAGCUCGCCUCACCGUCCGGUGACGCCAACCACCGGCUUGCUGCUCAUGGCCUCCGAGCACUGACGCAACAUUUAUCUUCUACUUCCUUUUCUUCCACCAUUGCUUCUUCAGGGCCUCUGACGUUUGCUUCCACAGACCCAAGAUUUUUUCAAAGAUGUCUGCUCAAGUUCUAUGAGGUUAGCCCUUGGUUUGCCUUUCCUAAUAACAUAGCGAAUUCUUCCAUUAUGCAAAUUCUUGCUGAAGAAUCCAAUAGUUCACAAACACUCCACAUCAUUGACAUUGGGGUCUCUCAUGGUUUUCAAUGGCCAACAUUUUUGGAAGCCCUGACUCGCCGGCCUGGAGGACCCCCUCCGCUGGUUCGCCUCACUGUCGUGACUGCACCAGUAGAAAAUGACCAGAAAAUGGAGACCCCAUUUGCUACUGGCCCACCUGGGGACAACUUCUCUUCUAGACUCCUUGGUUUUGCCAAGUCUAUAAACAUCAAUUUGCAGAUAAAUAGGCUGGAUAAUCAUCCACUACAGAAUCUAAAUGCCCAAAUUCUCAAUGUCUCACCAGAUGAAAUAUUUAUUGUAUGUGCACAAUUUAGGCUGCACCACCUAAAUCAUAACACUCCUGAUGAACGGAGCGAGUUUCUGAAGGUUUUGUGGAGCAUGAAGCCCAAGGGGGUCAUACUAAGCGAGAACAACAUGGAAUGUUGCUGCAACAAUUGUGCGAAUUUCGCCACUGGAUUUGAGCGAAGAGUUGAGUUCUUAUGGAAGUUUUUGGAUUCCAUAAGCUCAGCAUUCAAGGGCCGGGAGAGUGAGGAGAGGAGACUGAUGGAAGGAGAGGCUGCAAAAGCAUUAACAAAUCAGCGUGAGAUGAAUGAAGGGAAAGAGAAAUGGUGCGACAGAAUGAGAGAAGCAGGGUUUGUGGGGGAGAAAUUCGGCGAGGACACCAUCGAUGGAGCUCGAGCUCUGUUGAGGAAGUAUGAUAAUAAUUGGGAGAUGAAAAUAGAAGAAAACCAUACCAGUGUGGGACUAUGGUGGAAAGGGCAACCUGUUUCUUUCUGUACCUUGUGGAAGCUAAGCAAGAACGAUAAUGGCGGAUCAGCUUCAUCAUCGACAAGUCAGCUUUAGCCUUUAGGUGAGAAGCUUGGCUUCAGCAGAGAACCCUUCUGUACAUCCAGAUGUAUCGCCUUGCUGAACUGAACUGGAAUAGUUAGGAUACGCAUGCGAAUUUCAGAGGCCAAUAGUGGCAUAAGAAUUUUAUUCUCCACACACCUCAAACCACUAUCACCACAAAAACACUAUGCCUGGUUGUUCAAGUGUAAGUCUAGAUCAUAAUAUUUACAUUACUUGUAUAAGAUAGAGAGACUGCACAUUCUUACUUCUGUUACUAUUGUUUACGCUAAGUGGUUUUUUUUUCAGGGCAGAUUGCCCUGCUUUAGAGUUUAACAUUAGCGAUGAGAUAUCUACAAAGCAGGACCCCAUUUGAAAAGAUAUCGCACAACAAAAAUCAGGUCUACCAUUUCCGUUUUGUGAUCUGCGUAAACAUCGUAAACCAAUUAUUUCCAGAAUGAUACAAAUAUUGAACAGAAAAUUCUGGGCCUCCUUUGAAUUGAACAUUCAAGCCUUGACCCGGACUGGCUUCUCAAAAUCAAAUUACCCAAAAUAACAUC